ACCCCCCAAAAUCUUUGCUGUUUAUUAUGCUUGAUUAGAACAGGGCACGAGGGAUGGUUUUCAUACUGGUCUGUUUCUUUUCAAACAGGUAUAAACUUAGCCUUAGCUAACUUAAUACCGAUGCACCUUUGUGCCACGAACACUCUACCUGGGUAGUCUCUUUCACAGGGUACCGAAAACCAACGCGAAGAGCCCCGCUCACCGGGGAGUGCCUCACCUGAGACAAAGUCCCAUCUGAGAACGCGCCCCGUGCCGCGUCCAGGAUGUCGGACGUCGCAGGGAACGCCGCGCGGAACGCCUUCAACGCCCAGCUGGCCUCGGUGAUGGAGUCGCUGCUGGCGGCAGCGGUGUGUGAGAUCAGCCGGAUCUUUGAGGGCAGUCUCUCAGACUCGCGGGCGGAAGCGGAGCGGAGCAGGGAGGAAGUGGCGCUCCUGAACAGGAAGCUGGAGGCGCUGGAGGGCCGGCUGAAGGAGGCGGGGGAGGGGGCGGGCGUGACCUUUGACCCCAGCGGCUUCGCUCUGGCUCCAGACGCAGGUAUAGGUGUACCCCUUCUCCUGCCUGACCUUCUCCCCCAUGAAGGUGACCCCUCCCACAGGGAUGGGCGUGGCCAGGCUAGAGGUGUGAAGGAGGACCAGGACCUGGAGGUGACAGAGCUGGAGUCAGUCAUCUUCAGCCAGGACAGAGCUGUGGUCUCCAUGGCGAUCAAAGAGGAGUUGUUGGAGCAGGAUCCUGAGCUCCUAUCAGUGGAGCUGACGGGCCCCGAGGGGAACAGCCCAGGGGCCCCAGAGACGGUGGGACUAAAGGAGGAAGGAGCUGUGCAGCGGACCGGGCCCAAACCGCUCCAGAACCCAGAGCUGCUGCUGGACCUGUUAACCGCGAGGCCCAAGCUCGUACCGGGCCAGCCCAGCUUCCCCUCGGACGGGUUCAGCAGCCGGGGACCGCCGGGGGGGUCCGGAGGUCCCGGUGAUCCACUGCGCUUUUUCGGCACAAAGCCGGGACAGGCACCAGCCGCGGUGGCAGAAGGUUCCGGUCUCUCGUCCGUUCCCGAGGCCGUCGGCGACGUGACCGUCACCGCUUCGUACCGCCGCUGCCACCCGAGGUUCGACCCCCGCAGGGGUUCUCAGGUUACCGUGCCAACGGGCUGGCCAGACAGCGAGAAGGUGGGCCUGGUGAACCAGCGGCCAGGCCUGGAUUCGCAGUACCGCGCGGAGGGCGGGGCAGCGGGGGCGGGGGCGGGCUCCAGACCCCUGCCCGUGCAGGGCCCCCCAGGGGAGAAACCGUACCCCUGCCCAAGCUGCUCCAAGGCCUUCAUCAGCCCCUCCCACCUGAACGUCCACAUGCGGGUGCACACUGGGGAGAGGCCGUACUGCUGCCCGCAGUGCGGGAAGAGCUUCGCCCACAACGGCAACCUGCGGGCGCACCAGCGCCAGGUGCACCUGGGCAAGAGGCCGUACCCGUGCGCCGAGUGCGGCAAGAGGUUCAGCAAGAGGGGUAACCUGCGCACUCACCUGCAGCAGGUGCACCUGGGCAGGAGGCCGUACCCCUGUCCCCACUGCAGGAAGGCCUACUUCUCUCUCAGGGACCUCAGGAUUCACCAGAUCGUCCACGCGGCACAGUAGACCCCGGAAGGCUUAAAGAUCCAGGAAACAGCGUUUAAACUGUGGUUAUAUUCCAUAAAAGUGACAAUUAAUUGUGUUUUUAAUACUUAUGUCAAGUUUUUAAACCCAGUUGUAACCAUUAAAUAGUGAAAAACACUAUUAGAUUAUCAUGACCUGUUCAGCAGAUAAGGAAAGGGUGGGCAUAACACACGUCAUGGUGUAAACCAUUCAUUGCCCUUAAGAUUAGAGCUGAUUGUCCCAUGCAGUGACAGACUACCAGACAACACGAAAGAAAGCAACAUAAGCUAGGUUUUUACCAACAUAGUUAAACCGGCAAAUCAUUGAAUGUGUAAUAAUGUUGUAACACUGAGCUACAGGUUAGACUUGACAGCAGUCUCAAACUCCGGACAUUACACCUGAAUAAAGAAAAGCUUUGGUUCCACA